AUGACUGCUAGCGGCGAUUAUAAGGUGCUGCGUUCAUGUGGACUAGAAGAUAUUGUUAACGGUACACGUGAACGCGUAGAGUUGCCGCAAGAUGCGACAAGUGAACAAAAAGAAGCGUAUGUGGAAUGGCACAAGGACGACGCAAAGGCAGCAAGUCUUAUAGCAAGUGGGCUAAGUAAACCUGUUACAGAACUCGUCUUAACGUGCAAGAAUGCUAAAGAAAUCUGGGACAAAUUACCCGCCCGAUUUGAACGUAGCAGUACUCAGCAUUUGAAUAAGUUGAUUGAAACAUUUUUCCGUGUUAAAAACUACGACAAUUUUAUGGAUCUCUGGGAUACGAUACCAACAAAAAAGCAAAGCUUGAAUUUAUUGAUUGAAAAACUCUGUACUACUGAACUGCGUGAACAAGACAUUAAUGGAAGUAAAGCUUUCGUCGUUUCUAAAGCAAGAAGACGGCAAACAAGUAAUCAGCAAGUAAAGAUGACGAAGUCACAAUUAAAACAGAAGUUUCCGUGUAAUAUAUGCAAACAAUUAGGUCACUGGGCAGCAGAGUGUCCACAGAACACUCGUGACAGCAAUAAAAGAAAAGAGAAGAAGUGA